CGCGCAUAGUGAGGCUGAGGCAGCUGCUGCUCAGGAAGACGCGCGUUUGCACCGUUUGCAGCCGAGACCGGAGACUCACCCAGCCCGAGGAGGUUUAAAGUCAGCCAGGAUGGCCUCCAGAAGGAGAGCUUUGAGCUUUAGUGAAAGACACCAGAAGUUAGUGGAUGAAAACUUCCGCAAAUCGUUGCAUAUCCAAAUCUUGAAUAAGUUAGAGAGGCAAACCAGGAACCAGAUCGUGCAAAAUGAAAACGACGAGAGGGUCGAAAGGAAGAGAUUCCUCAGGGUGCUGCAGAAUGAGCAGUUUGAGCUGGACAUGGAAGAAGCCAUCCAAAAAGCAGAAGAGAACAAGAUGUUGCGGGAUCGACAGCUGGAGCAGGAAGAGAGACUUGCCAACGAGCUGGCCCGACUAAAGCACGAGAGUCUGAAGGACGAGAAGAUGAGGCAGCAAGUGCGGGAGAACAGUAUUGAACUCAGGGAAUUGGAACAGAAAUUGAAAGCCGCUUACAUGAAUAAGGAGAGAGCUGCCCAGAUUGCCGAGAGGGACGCCAUCAAAUACGAGCAAAUGAAACGUGAUGCCGAGAUAGGCAGGACCAUGAUGGAGGAGCACGAGCGACUCCUGAAGGAAGAGAGCGUCAAGCAAGACCGGCGGAACAGGGAGAAGGCGCAGUACCACCUGGACCUGGAGAAGCAGCUCAAAGAGCAGGAGCGGAGGAAGGAGGAGGCCUAUGAGCAGCUGCUGAAAGAGAAACUCAUGAUUGACGAAAUAGUCAGGAAGAUCUACGAGGAGGACCAGUUGGAAAGACAGCAAAAAUUAGAGAAACUGACCACAACCAAGAAGUACAUUGAGGAGUUCCAGCGGGAGCAAGCCCUCUGGAGACAGAAGAAGCGUGAGGAGAUGGAGGAGGAGAACAGGAAAAUUAUAGAGUUCGCCAGCCUACAGCAGCAGAGAGAAGGCGAGCGGAUGGCCAGAGUUCAAGAGACUGAGGAAAAGAGGGCCCAGCGCCAGAAUCUGCUGAUCCAGAAACUGGAGGAAAUGCUGCGGCAGCGCGAGGACCUGGAGCAGGUGCGGCAAGAGCUGUACCAGGAGGAGCAGGCCGAGAUCCUGAAGCAGAAACUGAAGGAAGAAGCAGAGCAGAAACUGCGGAAGCAGAGGGCGAUGAAGCAAGACUUUGAAGACCAAAUGGCCCUGAAGGAAAUAAUACUACAGGCCGCAAAAGAGGAGGAGGAGACCUUCAGAAAAGCCAUGCUGGCCAAGUUCGCUGAAGACGACCGGAUAGAGCUCAUGAAUGCCCAGAGACAGCGGAUGAAGCAGCUGGAGCACAAGCGGGCCGUGGAGAAACUCAUCGAGGAGCGGCGCAGCCAGUUCCUUGCAGACAAAAAACGCGAGCUGGAGGAAUUGCAGCUACAGCAAAGACGGCAAGGCUGCAUCAAUGAGAUUAUUGAAGAAGAAAGGCUGAGACUCCUCAAGGAACAUGCUGCAAAAUUACUAGGCUACCUUCCCAAAGGAGUGUUUAAAAGAGAGGACGACGUUGACAUGCUCGGUGAGGAGUUUAAGAAAGCCUAUCAGAAAAGAGGGGAAGCCAGUGAAGAGAAGUGAUCAGCACUGCAGGAUGGAUGAAACCUGAAUUUCUCAGAUGCUACCACUAGAUGUCAGUGUAACUGCUCUCUUCCAGUUGGUGACAGUGAGUCCCCAGUGUCUGCAUGUUCUAAAACAUCCUCCUCUUUCUCCAUUUAUAAACAGUUAGACAAAAAUUAAACACGUCAGUAGUUUAACCGAAGGAUUAUUCAUUGUGCAUUCUACGAUGGCGUCAUGUCACAGAAUCCCAUAGACCCACCGAGGCCAAGCAGAAGCAGUGUUUUCUUUCUCUUGCCAGUUAUCUCUCUGGCGCUCCUGCUGUGAUUUAAAAAAAGCAUUUUACAUGUGUUUGCCUGCAUGUGUGUGUACUACAUGCAUGCAGUGCUCAAGAAGGCCAGAAAUGGGCAUCAUAUCCACUGGAGUUACAUUGUUAUGGUUGUGAGCCACUAUAUGGGUGUUGAAAACCAAACCUGAGUCCUCUGCGAGAGCAAGCAGCCAGUGCUCCUAACUGUCUGAUUUUAGGUCUUCUAGGUAUGGCCAACCUGGCAUGUGGUCAGGAUAAGUAUGAAUGCAGCCCAACACAAAUAGCAACCUUAAAACAUGCAAAAUGUUUGUGUUUCUUUUCUUUGUUGCGCAGUUCUCUAGUGUGAACUUUAGUGGCUACACAAACGUCAUGUGAGGACAAGCGUCAGCUUUUCCUGUUCGGUGUGUUGUUAGCUGUGCGUCUGUCGUAUGUUGAAGUACAUGCCUUCUGUAGCCUACUUUGUUGGCAGUUUUUGUUAUAAAAUGUUGUUCAGUCUUGUGCUGUUACAAACUUUCUUUGUUCUGUCAAUAUGACAUGCUUAUUGAUUGAACGCUGACUCAUCUAGAAUGAGCCCACUUCGUCAUGGAGAGCGAGCUUCCUAUGCACUGUUGGAGUUGCCUGCUGGGGUCAGGAUGAGGAUUUCUGCAUCUGAGUUGAUUGGGAUAUUGGACUGUGGGAAGUUGUUGCUUUGAUUUUGUUUACUUGUCUCUUGAAUUGGCGUUACAUAGGUAGUUGUGAGCUGCCCUGUGUGCUGGGAACUGAACUUGGGUCCUCUGCAGUAGCAGGAACACUUGACCACUGAGCUACCUCUUCAGCUUCCAACGGGACUUUCUAUUAUCUGUUUGAGCUCCUUGACCUCCUUUCUCACCAUGGGUCUGUUCAGAUUUUUCUAUCUCUUCACAGUUAAUUCUUGGUAGGUUGUAUAUCUCCAGAAAUUAAUUUAUUCUGUGUAACCCCAAUUAUUUAUAGAUAAUUUAAAUUUAUAACACUCUUAUGAUCCUUUGUAUAUGGUACAAUGGACAUGUCCCCUUCUUCAUCUCUAAUUAGGCAUUUUCUCUUUGUUGGCUAAAAGUUACUUUCUUUCGACAGCUAGCUCUUUCAUAUGGGUUGAGUAUAUGCUGUAUCUGCAGUUGCUUGGCCUAGAAGUUGGGAUAUUUUGUUGUAGCUGUUGAUUUUUGAUUUUGGAAUAUUUAAAAUACACAUGAUGUCUUGAGAAAGGGAUUUAACCUCUGAGACAGUAACUCACAUCGCACGCAUUGGCAUCAAGCUCUGUUUAGCAGCACACUGCUGACCCUCAUUCCUCAGCCUCCUGGACGCCAGAGUUUCAGGCACGCACCGCCAUGCCCAGCUAGCAUUAAUCCUUUUAUUUAUUUUAGAAAUUAAAGUCUUUAAUCCUUAAUCUUAGUGUUAUUUGUGAGUGUGGGUGUGACCUGUGCUUGUUAUGGUUGCAUUUGGGAGUCAGAGGACAGCUUGCAGGAGUUGGCUUCCUUUCCACCAGGGAUCAGGUCCCACUGAAUCAAGGUGGCAGGUUUGGUGGCAGGUGCCUUUUCUACUGAACUAUUCCACUGGCCUUUGUUUAUGUCUAAUAAUAUACCUUAUACUCAUAGCCUGGAGGUGAUCUUACGCAUGACUUUUGGUUAACCGGUGUUUUGCUUGCAACCUGUCACGUGAAGUCAGAUUUGGUAUUUUACACCUAUGGUGUCAAACCAGUAACAGAACAACUAGGUUCUCCAGACCCAGGCUAGGGCUGCAUGACCUCUAUUAUUUUUGUAAUUUAUUUCUUCUUUGAUCUUUCCUGUUUUUCUUGCACUGACCAGAUUGGAUUUGGCUUUAGUACAUUACUUGGGCAUUUCUGCAGUGCUAAGAUGACACCUUCUUCUUCUAUAGGCAUUUGUUGCAUUCCCAUUUUGUGUAAAAAGUUUUUUUGUUGUUGUUUUUUUUUUUUGAGACAGGGUUUCUCUGUGGCUUUGGAGUCUGUCCUGGAACUAGCUCUGUAGACCAGGCUGGUCUCGAACUCACAGAGAUCCGCCUGCCUCUGCCUCCCGAGUGCUGGGGUUAAAGGCAUGCGCCACCAUCGCCCGGCUUGUGUAAAAAGUUUUAAAUUUGCUUUAUCUCUUGACCCACUGGUUAUUUAGGAUCGUGCGGCAUAAUUUGCAUGUGUUUGUAAAGUUUUGAAGUUCCUCUUGUUGGUCUAUUUUUUAUACCAUCGAAGUCCAGAAAGAUUCAAUAUGUCUUCUUAAAUUUGUUAAGACAGGUGGUCUGUUCUGGAGAAUGUUCUAUAGAUUGGAGAAGGUAUAUAUUAUGCCGUUGGAGAGAGUGUUUUGUGUCUUUUUAGGCUCAUUUAGUCUAAAGUAUAAAUUCAGUUCAGUGUGUUUCUUUGUGGUUUUUGGACACAAAGUGUUGUGUAUCCCAGGCUGGCCUUGAACUUGCUGUUUGCCUGAGGAUGAUUUGAACUUCUUACCCUCUUGUGUCUGCUUCUGGCUGAUGGGAUCAUGGGUGUGGGCCACCAAACUAGAUUAUGAGGUGCUGGAGAUUGAACUCUGAGCUUUGUGUAUCCUGGCAGGCACUCUUUAACUGGGCUACAGCUAAGUUCAGUUUUUGUUUUGAUUUUCUGUCUGGUCUGUUGUUGGAUAUGGGGUAAGAGCUGUCUUCUACCGUUCUAAUAUUGCAGUAUGUCUUUCCUUUUUGCAGAUGUCUAUGUAUUUUAGUUUUGUUGUUGCUAGAUACAUGCUCACCACCGUUACUGUUGAUGACUUAAUCCUUUUACCAUUAUGUAAGGUUUUCUUCCCUCUUUUUAUAGCUUUUGACAUAAUAUCUAUUUUAAGUACCCAUUCUCUCUUGGUUCCUGUUUUGGUUUUUUUUUUUUUUUGAGGGUUUUUUGGUUUUUUGAAACAGGGUUUCUCUGAGUAGCCCUACCUGUCCUUGAACUCCCUUAGUUGACCAGGCUGGCUUCGAACUCUUGAGAUCCAUCUGCCUCUACCUAACAAGUGCGGGGAUUAAAGGUGUGUGCUAUUCUCCUGGCAGUUCCCAUUUUCAUAGACUAUAUGUUUGCCAUCCCUCCACAUUCAGGGUCUUUUCUGUUAAAUGAGUCUUUUAGAGGCAUCAUGAAUUUGUUUACCCACUCUAUGGAGCAGCUGGCUGUGUGUCAACACAGGCUAGAGUCAUCAGAGAGGAAGGACCCUCAGUUGAGAGAAUGCCUCCGUUAGCCCCAGCUGUAGGGCAGUUUCUUAGUGAUUGAUGGAGGAGGGUCCAGCCCAUGGUGGGUGAUGCCAUUCCUGGGCUGGUGGUCCUGAGUUCUAUAAGAAAACAGACUGAACACGCCAAUAAGCAGCCCCCCUCCAUGGCCUCUGCCUCAGCUCCUGCCGCCAGGUUCCUGCCCUGUUUGAGUUCCUGCCCAGACUUCUUCAAUGAUGGGCAGCAAUGUGGAAGUGUAAGUCGAAUAAACACUUUCCUCCCUACCUUGAUUUUUGGCCAUGGUGUUUUGUCAAAUCAAUAGAGACCCUGACUAAUCCUACCUCUGUCAGGUUCUCUAAUUGGAGAGGUAGAGUAUCUCUGGAGUCUUGUUCUGCCCUAUGCUGCAUCUAA